CAGCACCAGAUUCAGGAGAGAAACACACAACAGCUGAAAAAAAUGGCUCAGGCUAUAUAUUUCAGUCUUCUUGUGAUUGCUCUAUGUUCAAUAUCUGAAUGCAUUCGACUGAAUUACAUCUGCGACAAUGUUGAUCCAUCAGAAAAGGCUGUAGUUACCUGUGAAUCACAAACUGCCUCCCUCAGCUGUGACCAGGGAACUAUAAAAGUCCUUUCAGCCAAUUAUGGGCGUACAGACAGACAGACCUGCUCUACUGGAAGACCAGAUAACCAGCUCACAAAUGUUCAGUGCACUCAGAGUACGUCUCUAAGUGUGGUGGCCAUAAGGUGUGAUGGAAAAACGAAUUGUUCCAUUGUUGCGGAGAAUGCAGCUUUCACGGAUCCUUGUGGUGGAACUUACAAAUACCUGACUGUGUCUUAUAAGUGUGUUGCAACUCCACCACCAUCACCAGUCGAACCUUCAUUGGCUAUAGUUACUUGUGAAUCACAAACUGCCUUCCUCAGCUGUGUCCAGGGAGUUAUUAAAGUCCUUUCAGCCAAUUAUGGGCGUACAGACAGACAGACCUGCUCUACUGGAAGACCAGAUAACCAGCUCACAAAUGUUCAGUGCACUCAGAGUACGUCUCUAAGUGUGGUGGCCAUUAGAUGUGAUGGAAAAACGAGUUGUUCCAUUGUUGCGGAGAAUGCAGCUUUCACGGAUCCUUGUGGUGGAACUUACAAAUACCUGACUGUGUCUUACAAGUGUGUUGCACCAUCACCACCAUCACCACCAUCACCACUUGAUCCAUCAGAAAAGGCUGUAGUUACCUGUGAAUCACAAACUGCCUCCCUCAGCUGUGACCAGGGAACUAUAAAAGUCCUUUCAGCCAAUUAUGGGCGUACAGACAGACAGACCUGCUCUACUGGAAGACCAGAUAACCAGCUCACAAAUGUUCAGUGCACUCAGAGUACGUCUCUAAGUGUGGUGGCCAUAAGAUGUGAUGGAAAAACAAGUUGUUCCAUUGUUGCGGAGAAUGCAGCUUUCACGGAUCCUUGUGGUGGAACUUACAAAUACCUGACUGUGUCUUACAAGUGUGUUGCACCACCACCACCAUCACCAUCACCAGUUGAUCCAUCAGAAAAGGCUGUAGUUACCUGUGAAUCACAAACUGCCUCCCUCAGCUGUGACCAGGGAACUAUAAAAGUCCUUUCAGCCAAUUAUGGGCGUACAGACAGACAGACCUGCUCUACUGGAAGACCAGAUAACCAGCUCACAAAUGUUCAGUGCACUCUGAGUACGUCUCUAAGUGUGGUGGCCAUAAGAUGUGAUGGAAAAACAAGUUGUUCCAUUGUUGCGGAGAAUGCAGCUUUCACUGAUCCUUGUGGUGGAACUUACAAAUACCUGACUGUGUCUUACAAGUGUGUUGCACCUCCACCGCCAUCACCAGUUGAUCCAUCAGAAAAGGCUGUAGUUACCUGUGAAUCACAAACUGCCUCCCUCAGCUGUGACCAGGGAACUAUAAAAGUCCUUUCAGCCAAUUAUGGGCGUACAGACAGACAGACCUGCUCUACUGGAAGACCAGAUAACCAGCUCACAAAUGUUCAGUGCACUCAGAGUACGUCUCUAAGUGUGGUGGCCAUAAGAUGUGAUGGAAAAACAAGUUGUUCCAUUGUGGCGGAGAAUGCAGCUUUCACGGAUCCUUGUGGUGGAACAUACAAAUACCUGACUGUGUCUUACAAGUGUGUUGCACCUCCACCACCAUCACCAGAAAAGGCUGUAGUUACCUGUGAAUCACAAACUGCCUCCCUCAGCUGUGACCAGGGAACUAUAAAAGUCCUUUCAGCCAAUUAUGGGCGUACAGACCGGCAGACCUGCUCUACUGGAAGACCAAAUAGCCAGCUCUUAAAUGUACAUUGUACUCAGAGUACGUCCCUAAGUGUGGUGGCCAUAAGAUGUGAUGGAAAAACAAGUUGUUCCAUUGUUGCUGAGAAUGCAGCUUUCACGGAUCCUUGUGGUGGAACAUACAAAUACCUGACUGUGUCUUACAAGUGCAUUUCUGCACUUUAAGUAUACAACAUUUUUAUUUCAUUUCAUUAAUUGAAUCAUUAAGUUGUGGUCACAUGUAAUAAUUGGACCAAAUAUAUUAUAAUGCAGUAUAUAUAUCAUAUGUUGAAGGUUUUUAAGGUAAUCUAUCUUUAUUUCACAGCUAACAAAAAUAUGUUUCAAAACAUUUUGGUAACACUCACAUGCAAUUAAAAGACUGUUCAAAAUGUAAAAUUGCAUUAAUGUUUUGUUUUUUUAUGCUGUGGAUUCGAUAUCGUUUCUCAAAAGCUGUGAAUGUGAUUUUUUUUCUUUCAAACUUCUGCAAGCACUGAACAUUAAUUUAAAAAAUGUUAUUGCUACUAGUUUCACAAGAUAUACCUUUUCUUUUUUCAACGGGUGAAUGCAGAGGUGUUAAGAGUACCUGAAAACGAUUCUUAAGUAAAAGUACAGAUACCUUUACAGAAAAUUACUCCAUUACAAGUUACAAGACACCAAUUCUAAAGCGACUUCUGUUGAAGUCUGAGCCCUGGUUUCACAGACAAGGCUAAAGGCUAGUCCCAGACUAAAAGGAAUUUUGAGCUUUCUUCAGUGAAAAAAAAGCCCUGACAUUUUAAAAUAUGUCAGUGUUUUGUCUCAAGAUGCACAUUGGUAAUGUUGUUUCUAGGGCUGCAAAUAUUAGUCGAUAUUAAUUGAUAAUGAAUUUCGUUGUCAACGAAUUUCAUUAUCAAUUAGCUGGUUUGUGACGUCACUUGCAAGCAGCGCAGUUAUAAGUCAAGUACGUCUUCUUCCCUUAUAAAAUGACCGUUUGUGUCUCGUCACAAGUGUCUCCUGUAGCGUUCCUGCAGUUCAGUGGUAAGAGCAUUGUGAUUUGAUCCCUGGGGAUUGCACAUAUAAAUGUAUAAGAUAAUGCAAUGUAAGUCGCUUUGGAUAAAAGCGUCUGCCAAAUGCAUCUCUCCGUUUUAAAGUCACACGUGUCUCUCUUAUACUUUAAAGGCAAACUGAUUUCAGCAGUUUACAAUGCAGGACCGUUUGUUUCGAUGUUUCAUGAGAGUUUUAAUCAGUCAACAAAAAAUAAAGAACUUGAUGUCCAGGUUUGGAACUAAAAUCCAGUGCACUAAGGCAUAUGCAAUAAUUCUCUUAAUGUUAAAACUUUGUGUAAAUUCACUUUUUUCCAUACUUCAAUUUGCUGCCUAUAAAGAGUAAAGAGGUUAAGAGUCUUUGCUUUAUUGUUCAGAUGAUGGAAUUUGUUAGAUGAUGAAGCUUAUUUUUUGUACUUUGGCAGUACAAUAGGCCCUUUUAACAUAACGUCACGCAUCUUCCGUUCUGCCGCGAAGGAGUUUAUCUUGACUUCCGCUAGCCAAUUCAGAGAGUUGCAGUAAUGUGCCUGUAAGCUGGUUUGCCAACCGCCAAUUACACUCAAGAAGAAGAGGAAUUUACUUCCGCUAGCGCCUCAGAACGGAGUUUACCAAGUCCCCUCCACAACUGCCAGAAAAACAGCUUGAUGAUGUAUAACGUCUUGCCGACAAAUUUUCACUUACAACAAUAUCAAAGCUAGAUAAAGGAUAUAAAUUCGUUCUUUGAUUUUUGAAGGUAAGUGUUUUGUUUUCUUUUUGCGUUAGCGAAGGUGCUAGGAUAAGUACUUGAAUAAGUGUCCAAAACAACAACUUUGUACAUAUCUUUUAAAAGAGAGGUGGAUUGUUUGAGGACAAUAAAGAAUAUUUUGUGUCGAAAGUUAAAAUGACGUUCAAAGCUUGCACACAACCGUAAUCAUUCUAAUAUGUCUAUUAUCAGAUUACCUUUGAUUCUGAAGAGGUUCCUGUCUUACUGAAGGACAUGUCAUGUUCCUACUCUGCUGGAAAAGCUCUGUGCAAUCACAUAGUGGCACUGCUGUUUCAGACUGCUCAUUAUAAAACCAUGGGCUUUAAGACAGUGCCUUUGCCUCUGUCAUGCACCACCUUACUGCAGAACUGGCACUAGGACCAGUGCUCCAAUUGAAGGGGGUAUCCGGGAUCCCCCAUAAGGCUUUAUGGAUCCCCCAUAAUAAGUAAAAAAAAACUUUGGGGGGUCCCUCAGAUAUUUGUAUUUGAGUUAAAAUUAUAAUGACAAAUGUGAUUAAAUUCACGCAAUGGAUAUAGUAAAUAUUGUGAAGUCAUUAUUUACAAUAAUUUACAUUAAGUUUGUUUGUGGGCUAGUUGUCAUGUCCCUUUAAAUAUGAAAUGCCCCGCCCCACGUCUAAAGACCGCUAAGCGCAGGACAGUGAAAGAAGCCUGUUCUUCUAUGUAAGUCUGUUUUUAAUUAAAUGUAUAUAGUUAUGCAUUUUAUAAUGAAAUAUAUUGUGUAUUUUGUAUAAAAUUGAUAUUGCCAGACUAACCCCCACCAAAUGAACUUUUAUCAGGGGGAUAAGACUUGGUUCAAUUCGAUAAGACUUGGUUCAAUUCGAUCACUGCCUAGGACACAGGGAAUUGCACCAGAGGCCACCAUUGACAAGACAGUGUUUAAACCAACUUGUGUGAAGUGCACACUACAGCAUAUGGUGGUGAGUCUGAAUGCGAUUAAACACUUCAUGCAUGAAUUUAUGACAACCCAAAGACUUUUGAUUUUGAAAAAAAAUCUUGUUUUUAAUUCCCUAAACACAAAGGACUUUUCUGAUCACUUGACAGUAUGCGUUUUGUUUGAAGAGACACGUAGCUGACCACUUUAGUGUGAAAGACUUUAUUCAUGUGUAAUGGGGGUGAUUAGUAUUUAAUUGUGGAGGGCUUCAGUUCAAGUUACAAUAAAUUCUUAAAGGAAUAGUUCACCCACAAUUUUUUAUAAUUAAAGCCAUAAUUUACUCACCAGGAGGGCACGGUGGCUUAGUGGUUAGCACGUUUGCCUCACACCUCCAGGGUUGGGGCUUCGAUUCCCGCUUCCGACUUGUGUGUGUGGAGUUUGCAUGUUCUCCCCGUGCCUCUGGGGUUUCCUCCGGGUACUCCGGUUUCCUCCCCUGGUCCAAAGACAUGCAUGGUAGGUUGAUUGGCAUCUCUGGAAAAAUUGUCCGUAGGGUGUGAGUGCGUGAGUGAAUGAGUGAGUGUGUGUGCCCUGCGAUGGGUUGGCACUCCAUCCAGGGUGUAUCCUGCCUUGAUGCCUGAUGACUCCUGAGAUAGGCACAGGCUCCCCGUGACCCGAGGUAGUUCGGAUAAGCGGUAGAAAAUGGAAUGGAAUGGAAUUUACUCACCAUCAUGCCAUCCUAGGUGUUCAUGUACUUCUUUCUUAAGCUUUCUUACGUAAUAAUAAUCCGCAUGCUGGCUCUUGCUAGCAUUGUAAUAGCAUUGUUACUCUGCCCCAAACCCAAAAGGUCUCAAACACUUUUAAUGUAAAUGAACAGAUUGGUAGUAAGUGUGCAUGCGUGCUAUAAUGUAAAAAGUCAAGUGACAUUAUAAUAAAAUGAUUAAACUUGACAUCUACCUUUUAUUACAAGGCCUCUUCCAGAUCCUCACAUCAUGGGCUGUGGGAAGAAACUGAAAGACAUACUUCCUCAACCGGGGAUAUGCAAAUUGCUGCAUGGGCUUGAGGGCCUUAGUUUGGUGGAGUCUAAAUUUGGUCCUGUUCCUUUUGGGUCUGUGCUCUCUUGCCAGUGUCCUCCUGAAAUUAGUAGAGACAUUAUUAAGCCCCCGAGUUUCCUCGAUUGCCUGUUACUGGUUACAAUUUUAAGUUUCCAAUAGAUUUGUGCCCACCUACAAGCAAAAGUGCCUUUUGGAACUGAAGAUUUCGUGGGAGAUUUCCGCUGCCAUUGAGAAAGAAGCCCGACUGCAGUCCAAAUGCCAGCGGUGGACCCUUGGGCGCAAACCCCGGCUUACAGCCAGCCGAUUUCAAGAGAUAUGCCAUGUUCGUGGGGAACCCUCCACCAAAGCCCUGGCAGCCAGCAUUCUGAAAAGAACUCCUCAAACAGAGGCUAUGAAAAGAGGCUUAGAUCUGGAACCUGAGAUACUAAGGCAUUAUAUUGAUUGUUAGUGUGUCUAUGACACAGUUUGGGGUCAUCGUCCACCCUGUUGCAUCUCACCUUGCAUUUCAACACCACCAUUUGGAUUAGCGGAGGUAAAGAGUUGUGAUGAGGAAUAUCCAACACAAGUUAAACACCUGAACGAUGUUAAAGGCCAGACAUGUUUUAAGAAGAACCACAAAUAUUAUUAUCAGGUUCAAAGCCAACUGGCUUCAAGUGGUCUUCAGUGGUGUGAUUUCAUAAAAGACACACACACUGACUUCUGUUCAAAUAAUUUUUAGGGAUGAGGAAAUGGUUUUGUCAAUGCCAACAAUGCUGAAUAAUUUCUACUAUAACAUCUACAUGAAUUACUUGUUAAAUUCUUAAUCUUGAGGCAGAAUUCAACAUGUUAUGUUUGAAGCACAUGUGAAAGGCCAACAUUUUUUUCUUUCACUGAGCAAAAUGGACAAAUUGUGAUUACUGUAUGUAUGUUGUUAUGUAUUACAUUAUUAAAUGUGUACCCUAAAAACAAUAAAAGAAUGAGAAUGAUUUAAA